AUGUCAUCAACCACCACAACCACCGCCACGACCGCCACGACCCUUUCAGGUGUCCAAGAUCCCACCAACACCACCUCAUCCUCACAAUCGUCGUCGUCGUCGUCACAGUACGUGCCCCGGGGUCCGGUCAGGACCAAACUCAACUUUUUCAAAGACCCCGAGGACGGGACGCCCCCGCACAACUACGUCGAAAAGCCGCCGGAGGGCCAGCCGCAGCGCAACUUCGGCGAGACGGUGGUCGAGGUCGAGGUCGACGACAUCCGCGGGCGCGAGUCCGAGUUCAGCCUCGACGCGGACGCGUUCCAGGCGGUGAAGGGGGUGGCGCCGUCGCGGGAGACCGAGUUCGUGUCGGACGAGCACAUCCGCGCCGUCUACUACCCGGAGGUGGAGCGGCUGCUGCUCGACCAGGUGCCGGGGGCGCACAAGGUCACCAUCUUCGACCACACGAUCCGGCGGUCGAACCCGGACGCGCCGCGCGCCCCGGUGACGCGGGUGCACGUCGACCAGACGGCGCGGUCGACGCAGUGGCGCGUGAAGCUGCACGAGGAAUCCCCCGGCGAGGCCGACGAGCUGCUCAAGGGCCGGUACCGGAUCAUCAACGUGUGGCGGCCCAUCAACGGCACCGUCGUGGCGCACCCGCUGGGCUUCGCGUCCGCGGCCACCGUCGACGACGCCGUCGACCUCGUCCCCGUCGAGCACAGGUACCCCCACCGCACCGGCGAGACGGCCGCCGUCAGGCACAACCCCAACCAGAAGUUCUACUACUGGUCCGGCAUGGACGACGACGAGAGGCUGCUCCUCAAGUGCUUCGACAGCAAGGAGGGCGUGGCCCAGAGGGUCCCCCACACGGCGUUCGUCGAUCCCAGAACCCCCGUUGGUGCGAAGGGGAGAGAAAGCAUCGAGGUUCGAGCGUUGGUGUAUGGUUGA